UAUCAGUGCUCCAGCUUGCUCAGCCAGCUGGGAAGGAGCAUCACCUGGGUGACGUCACGCGGUGACUGGGGCUCAAGCGGCAGCACUUCCUCAAACAAGAAGUUCACUGUGUGAGCGAGAGGGAUCGCGGUCGGGGUGGGAGUUGCGGGCUGUCUGGAAGAUGAGUUCGUUAUCGGAUGUUGUAUAAGGGGACUGUUAUGCUUGUUAGAUAACUUGUGGGACUAUACCGAGGAAAGCGAGAGCCGGCGGCCCACGGCCUUUAAUGUUCCUUCUGUUGGCAGCACACCAGCCUCUAACUGUACUGCAUGGUCUUAGACAAGACAAAGAACUGUAGAUUUUGUACUCAAGAAACAGUGGCAUUCAUUGGAUAUCAGCGGAAUUGUAAGAUAUGGCACCAUUCCUAAGGAUUUCCUUUAAUGCUUUCGAACUGGGCCAUACACAGGAUCAGGAAGAACAUGUCCAACCAUUUUGUGCUGUCAAAAUGAAGGAAGCAGUUAGCACAGAUCGAGGGAAAACACUGGUGCAGAAGAAACCAACAAUGUAUCCACAGUGGAAUAUCGCUUUUGAUGCCCACAUUUAUGAGGGUCGUGUGAUCCAUAUCAUCCUGAUGAAGUCUGCUGAGGAACCCAUCUCUGAUGUAACUGUGGGGGUGUCUGUUUUGGCAGAGCGAUGUAAGAAGGGAAACAGUAAAGCAGAUUUCUGGCUUGAUCUACAGCCACAAGGGAAGGUCCUGAUGUCUGUCACUUACUUCCUGGAAGAUGCAGAUUGCAAGAUGCCAUCAAAUGAUGGAGAGAAUGUAGUCACCUUAAACAGGAGAAGAGGUGCUAUCAAACAAGCCAAGAUUCACUACAUAAAGAAUCACGAAUUUCAAGCCACCUUUUUUAGACAGCCCACAUUCUGUUCUGUCUGCAGGGAGUUUGUCUGGGGACUUAAUAAACAAGGAUACAAAUGCAGACAAUGCAAUGCUGCUAUCCACAAGAAAUGCAUUGAGAAAAUAAUUGGAAGAUGUACAGGUACAGCAGUCACCAGCAGAGAUACUGUGUUUCAGAAGGAGCGCUUCAACAUCGACAUGCCACAUAGAUUUAAAGUUUACAAUUACAAGAGUCCUACCUUCUGUGAUCACUGUGGUAGUCUUCUCUGGGGCUUAGUAAAGCAAGGAUUAAAAUGUGAUGAAUGUAUGAUGAAUGUGCACCACAAAUGCCAAUCAAAAGUAGCAAAUUUGUGUGGUAUUAACCAGAAACUGCUAGCAGAAGCAUUAAUUCAAAUUGACAAGAAAAACAGUCUUAUGGGGAAAUCUACCAGACGAUCAGACACCAAUCUAAGUGAUGUAGGUGUUUACCAGGACUUCUCUAAAUUUCCUUCACCGCCUGACACGGAUUCUACUGCAGAUGAUGGACACCAGUAUGGCAGACUUUGGGAGGGAACAACUCCAAAACAACCUACACAAAUAAGUCACAGCAAAGUAAAUCUGGAUCACUUUGUAUUCAGUAAGGUGCUGGGAAAAGGAAGCUUUGGAAAGGUCUUCUUAGCAGAACUAAAAGGGAGGAAUGAAUUCUUUGCAGUAAAAGCACUGAAGAAGGAUGUAGUAUUGAUUGAUGAUGAUGUUGAAUGCACCAUGGUGGAAAAGCGAGUUCUUUCACUGGCCUGGGAUUGUCCAUUCCUUACUCAUCUCUAUUGCACUUUUCAAACAAAGGAACAUCUAUUUUUUGUCAUGGAGUAUUUAAAUGGGGGUGACUUGAUGUUCCACAUCCAGGAUAAGGGUCGCUUUGAUCUCUACCGAGCAACGUUUUAUGGUGCUGAAAUAAUCUGCGGUUUACAGUUUUUACACUCCAAGGGCAUUGUCUACAGAGACCUUAAAUUGGACAAUGUGAUGCUGGACAAAGAUGGGCAUGUUAAAGUAGCAGAUUUUGGAAUGUGUAAAGAGAACAUAGCUGGAGAAAAUAAAGCAACAACAUUUUGCGGUACACCAGACUACAUUGCCCCAGAGAUUCUUUUAGGACUGAAGUACACAUUCUCUGUUGACUGGUGGUCGUUUGGUGUCUUAAUGUUUGAGAUGCUGAUUGGACAGUCACCUUUCCAUGGAGAUGAUGAAGAUGAGCUGUUUGAAUCCAUUCGUGUAGACAGCCCACACUAUCCACGCUGGAUAACAAAGGAAUCCAAAGAUCUUCUUGAGAAGCUUUUUGAGAGAGAGCCAACAAAGAGAUUGGGUGUUACUGGAAACAUCAAACUUCACCCAUUCUUCAAGACCAUCAACUGGGUUGCACUAGAGAGGAAGGAGGUGGAUCCCCCUUUCAAACCUAAAGUAAAAUCUCCAAAUGACUGCAGUAAUUUUGACAAAGAAUUUCUAAGCGAGAAGCCACGGUUGUCUCAUACUGACAAAAACUUGAUAGAUUCCAUGGACCAAACAGCAUUUGCUGGAUUCUCUUUUAUCAAUCCUAAAAUGGAGAGACUUGUUGACAAAUGAUGUACAUAGCAUUUCAAGGUGGAACCUUGAUUUACCUGUGACUUCCUGCAAAAUAAUAAGAACUGAGAUAUUUAUUCCCCUGUGUUGAAUCAAAAUACCACCUGUGAGUGGAAUACAGUAGCAUUUGCUGAUAUGGAUUUCUUUAGGAAAAACACAUUGCUGAAAUAAAUAUACCGUAUGAUGAUUAUAUUUUUACCCUUUGUGCUGAGGAACGUUGUCUUAGAAAUAAUAAUGUAACUAUCAUUUUUACCAUGUUUAUUGGCUGGGGUGGUGUUCCCAUGGUGAGGUUUCUAUGUAUCACUGAUGUGCAUUUUGAUGUUACUAUGAUCAGUCAUGUGCAUUUUGUCAUCUAUGAAAUGGUGGAAUUGUAAAUUUUUGUCUAUUUACUUGAAUGUAUGUAUCUUAAAGAAAUACUGUAUAUUUUUAGUUCUGUAGAAAAAAAAGAAAUUUGGUGUUCUAAGUACAUGCUUUUAUACUGUUAGUAUAUUUCCACUUGAUAAUUGUGUCUUAAAUAAAACAUUCCUUUUCUACA